AUGGAAACACCACCUUCAGCAAGCGAUGCUGCUGUUCCGGAGCAGCACAUAGUCAAGGCCGACGAAGUUGACCAGACCGGAACGGAUAUUUCGCCCGUCCCUGAUGAGCAAUUGAUGGAGGAGGUUGCGGAGGGCCUGCGGCAAGAGCAGGCCUCCUCCGCCGCACCCAUGACGGAGACUUCUGCUGAGAACCGGCCUGUAAAUGUACCGAAACGACCAGAGCUUCGCCGAGAGGGAUCAGCACCUCCUCCACCGCUGCAACCCCCUCCUCCCGCCCCCGUUCAGCAGAAUGCGGAUCGACCCCCGGACUCGCUCAGCCUGGCACAGCUCCGAAGGUUGGUGCAGGAGAUGCCAAAAGUGGAACAGCCUGCAUAUGCAUUUGAGUAUGCAGAUGCGCAGCCGUUCCCUGAAGAGAUCGAGGAGUGGUUCCAAUACAACGAAUUCGACCGCGUUAUGUUAAUGGGAAUGAAAGCGACCUUUGAUCGCCAAUGGAGCGCUUUUGGUGAACAAAACGGUUUCAAACCUGGUGACCUCUCGUGGAUAGAUGCACAAGACGACCUUCGUCGGACAUUUAUGAACCAAUCCCUCGACAAGGUGCGACAUGCCGAAGCCUCGACGCGCUUGGAGGCAUUAGAGAACAUUUGCUACGCUGUCACAGGCGUGUGGGGGCUUACAGCAGGACGCGCUGCACCGGAUUACUCUACGAGUUCAGAUCCGCGAACAGCGGCAGAAACUCCUCGGUAUAAGUCGCUGCAGAUUUCAUGGAUCGAGCAGAACGUCUUGCUUCUUCAGCAAUGCUCUGGCAUCCCACUUUUGGUCGAGAAGUUGUCCCAUUUGUUUGACAAGAAUCGCUCUCCAUUAGGGCCCGACUCAGAUGGAAGUGAGUUUGAAAAACUCAACCCGGGUGAUAUCGCAGCCCCCGAGCGCGAGGCCAACUUGGUCCUUACUGUGCUCUAUUUUAGCAUCGAGGUUGGCCGAAGACAAGAAGCUCAAAAUCCUCAGUGCAUUUUGAUUCGUGACGCGCUGGCCGAGUCGAAUACUUGUCUAUUAGUCACCAUUGUUGAAAUAAUUGCCCGGUUAAGAUGGGACGAGUCCGCGAAUAUUCCUCUUACCAGAAUCAUUCUUUUGCUUUGGAAGUCACUACUCCUUGUUUUUGGUGGCAGUGAUGAAUUGAGGAGGGCCAAAGAGGUGCUCGAGCCAAGUCUCCCUCCUCAAGAGGAUUCUGCAACCCGCCGGACGCCAUUUUUGACUGCGUCUCCUCUAGACUAUCACCUCUUCCGCCAGGAGAUUACCUCAAAAUACCCCGCCUACAAUCCUCCUGUCCCAAUUGUUCCCCUCGAACUCGAGAACAACUCGAUUCUACCUCCUCUUCCGCAACACCCUACAAGGUCAAAUUCGUCCAGUGGCCUCUUUUGCGGAGUCGGUCCCCCGAUCGCUGGUGGAAAUGGCUCUAUUCUUCAUCAAGCUGUUCACAUUGCCACUCCGGCUCCAUCUCCACCUCCGUCCCCCAUCGGACCUGGAGGAAAAGCUGGCAAGAAGCAGAACUACCAGACUAAUCAAAACUUCCCACUCAUGUAUCCUCCUUUAGACGAUUCUAGCAAUCGGAUCGGUGGAAAGGGCACGACUGAACGCCAGGAUGUGCUGGUUGGGAAGCGAUGGGAGGGCAGUGAUGUCCCGGCGUCAAUCAUUGAGGCUGGCAAGCUUUUCUCAACCCACGUCAAGAUGACUCGCGCGAUGCAACAACUCUGGGGUGAACGCGAGAAUUUCAUGAAGUACGACCGAGGCUGGAAUUUUGAACAGCCUUAUCGCGUACCCGGGUCACUGGUGCCCGAUGAUGUGUCUCUUGAGAUGGACCAGCUGGACCUGUCAGACAGCACACAAUCAUCCCAGCCCAAACCAGCGGAGAAGGAAACGAACGAUCCAGAUGUCCAGAGACGACUUGAUGCCGUUGAAACGUUCUAUGCUCAUACUUUGGCUCAUCUGCAGUCUAUCACGAUCGUUUUCUUGAAGAUCAUUUUGACCAAUGUCAGUGCUGUGGUCAAUCAGGCGAACACAUCUGCUUCUCAAAGCAUGAGCAACGGCCACGGUGUGAAUGGCUCAGCCGAUUUCUUCCCUGAUACAUCUAUUGACGAACUCGAUAAUAUCCGGUUACGUGAGAUCACUGGCAAGGCCGUUUCUGGAACUUUGCUGCUUAUGUUGAAGUGGUUCAAACGUUCCCAUAUUCUGAAAUUCGAAUAUAUGACUCAGCUCCUGCUCGACUCGAACUAUCUGCCUCUGAUCCUUAAGAUGUUUGCUCAUCAGGAUGUCGAUCAGGUUGUGGCACAAAAGAACGACCGUGAAGACUUGUCAUUUUUCUAUUUCUGCGCUGAGAAUUCGGAUCACCACGCUGAAUUUGAAGAUCCCGACGGAGAUACUGAGAGUGAAGACGAGGCUGUGCCACCCCCAAUCUCCCGACAGCGCCCCAAUUUAACCAGAGGAAAUACCUCUGUGCGACUUUCACCUGAAGAAUGCGUUACCGAUGGCCUAGGCGGUCCGACACGCCCGGAGGUUGAUGAAUUGGGCUAUCCCACCGCGCCUUUACCGAAGGAGCCGAUCACCACCUUCUCAUUUCGAAACUUUUUCUCCGCCAUUAAUUACCUCCACAUCAUGCAGAAGAUCACUCGCGACAAAGCGCACCGCUGCCUUCUUCUCGUCCAGUACAAGUCAAGUACCAUUCUCCGCAAGGGUCUCAAGAUCCCUGACCCUCACCUCCGCUUCUACACCCUGAAGUUAUUCAAGUCGCAGGUGCCCUACUGCGGCCGGAAAUGGCGCCAGAGCAACAUGCGCGUAAUCACCGCUAUCUACCUAUAUUGCCGACCAGAGUUGCGCGACGACUGGCUUGCGGGCUCCGAUGUUGAUGCUGAGGUGGAAGAGGCGCUGCCGUUGGAGCAAGCUCUUCGCGGAUUGACGCAUUGGUGGCAUCUGCGACAGUACAAAGACAUUAUGGGCGGACCGGAAGGGCCGUCUAUAAUGGAAGAGGAGCGUGACUUUUUCGUCCGAGAAUUGGAGUCUAUGGGAUGGGGUUGGGCGGAGGAGAUUUGUGAGGAUUCCGAUUUAGGUCACAGCCAUAUGAUGAAUGGGACGGAGUGGGAAGGGGCUCCGAUCCAGAUGGAGGGCUGGUCAUGA